UCAUGGCCAACCACCUCCAUGCUCCUCCGCCUCAACCUCAGCUCACUCCAGCCAAGAGCUCGCGCCACCGCUACAACGAAUGGAUUUUUCGUGACGUUCCAAGCGAUAUAACAAUAGAAGUCAAUGGGGCCACAUUUGCAUUGCAUAAGUUCCCACUUGUUUCCAGAUGUGGAAGAAUUAGAAGACUUAUAGCAGAUCACAGGGAAAAUGCGAUAUCAAAGGUGGAGCUACUUAGUUUACCAGGAGGCAUAGAGACAUUUGAGCAGGCUGCUAAAUUCUGCUACGGUAUCAAUUUUGAGAUAACGUCAUCAAAUGUUGCUCAGCUAUGCUGUGUAUCUGACUACCUUGAAAUGACCGAAAAAAUCUCAACACGCAACCUUGGUUCUCGUGCCAAUGAGUAUCUCGACACUAUCGUUACCAAGAAUCUUGAAAUGUCAGUUGAGGUCCUGAAACAAUGUGAAAACUUGCUUCCUCUAGCUGAUAAUCUGAAUAUUAUCACUAGAUGCAUUGAUGCUAUAGCUUCCAAGGCUUGUGUUGAGCAAAUUGCAUCUAGCUUCUCAAGGCUUGAAUAUAGUAGCUCGGGUAGACUUCAUAUGAGUCGACAAGUGAAGGGGGAAACCGAUUGGUGGAUCAAAGAUUUAUCAGUUCUUAGAGUUGAUUUGUAUCAAAGAGUCAUGAGUGCAAUGAAAUGUCGCGGGGUGAGGCCAGAAAGUAUUGGUGAAUCGCUCAUGAGUUAUGCCGAAAAGGAGUUAACAAGCUUAUAUAAUCUCAAUGGCAAAAAGGGCAGUACUCAUGGUGGUUUUGGGCAUGAAGGGACCGUGGUUGAAACGAUCGUUAGUUUACUUCCGGUUGAGAAACCUGCUGUGCCUUUAAGUUUUCUAUUUGGGCUGCUAAGAGCUGCAGUGAUGCUUGAUUGCACAGUGGCGUGUCGGCUUGAUCUAGAGAGAAGAAUUGGGUCGCAGUUAGAUAUAGCAACACUUGAUGAUCUUCUGAUUCCGUCUUUACGGCAUGCAGAUGAUACAUUGUUUGAUGUCGACGCUGUUCAUAGAAUUUUGGUUAACUUUUCGCACCAAGAUGAUAGUGACGAUGACAUGGAGGAUGAUGAUUGUGACGCAUCAGGGUUCGAGUCCGACGGGCCUGAUUCACCGUCACAAACGGCUUUGGUAAAAGUCUCGAGACUAGUUGACAACUAUCUUGCUGAAAUAGCACCAGAAGUAAACCUUAAACUCUCCAAAUUCAUAGCUGUAGCAGAAAGUUUACCGGCACAUGCUCGUACAGUUCAUGAUGGCCUAUAUAGGUCCAUCGAUGUUUACCUCAAAGCUCAUCAGGGUCUAUCUGAAUUUGACAAAAAGAAGCUCUGCAAAUUGAUUGACUUCCAUAAACUCUCGCCAGAAGCUGGUGCACACGCUGCACAAAAUGAACGCCUGCCCCUUCAAUCAAUUGUUCAGGUUCUGUACAUCGAGCAACUAAGACUCAGAAAUGCCUUAAGCGGCAAUUACCCUGAUGACAACCUCAAGCCCCCAAUGCACCAACAGUCAUGGCGGAUCAACAGUGGAGCUCUGAGCGCAGCCAUGUCUCCAAAAGACAACUAUGCAUCCUUAAGACGUGAAAACCGUGAGUUGAAACUCGAGUUGACUCGAUUAAGGAUGAGAUUGAAUGAUUUCGAGAAAGAGCACGUGUGCAUGAAGAGGACUAUGGAGAAAUCAAGCUCACAUAAUUUUAUGAGUUCUUUCUCAAAGAAAAUUAGUAAACUGAAUCUAUUCGGGCAUAGUUAUUCUUCAAGAGCAUCAAGUUCUCCAUCUAAGCAUUCAUACAGAACAGAUUCUAAGGUAACAGUGAGAACAGAAUGAAGCAAGUUUUCAAGUACUUUAAUUCAUAUAUAUUUAUAUUUUUACUAUUAUUAUGAGUAUUUUUUAUCAUGCAGAUUAUCAUUCUCAACCUUGUAUAUGUUUUGUUUUGACUUUCUUCCCUCUGUAUUAAUGUUGAAGGUUGGUUGGUUGGUUGGUUGUAUGUUACCAAAGAGGUCAAGUCUUUUAGCAACCAGCAAGUUUAUGGUAUUCUUGAGAUUGGAACUUCCUAAAGUGGAGAUGUCAACAAAUUUACU